UAGAAACUUCUCCAGGGGAAAAGUGUUGGGAGAUCUACAAAGUGGAUUUUUUUUUUCCUCUCUUUUUCCCUUCCCCCUGAUUUUUUACCGCUCCUCUGCCGACUUUGCAACAAAACACUCCAACUUUGCAGAAAACUUUUUUUUUUACUCUUUUGGUCUUUUUUUUUUUCUUUGCAUAUCUUGGAAGAGGAAAGCGGGAGAGUUGAACAGAGCCGAUCGAAACACAACUUUGCUUCAUACCAAGCUUCCCAGCAGCUCGCUGCGUCGGGAGAGACUUUUCCUCCUGCAGAAGAAGAGGGAGGGGAGGGGAGCUUUUGCAUCCCCUCUUCCUUCUCCUGCGUUUUCUUUUUCUUUUCUUCUCCUCUUGACUGCUUUGAUGCAUUAUUAGCAGGACACUGGUUUUCAAGGAACUUUGCUCCCUUCCCAACCUGCCCCCUCCCAGCCCUUUGGGAAGAGAGAGAGUGUGUGUGCCUGAGUGAGUGUGCGAAAUUGCCGUCCCACCUCCCCAAACACCCCUGCUCCCCCACGCCUCCCCCUGCAACCUGUAGGCUCUGCAACCCCCGCAGGCUUAGCUCCCUUUCCCCCCUCCUUCCCUCCCUCUUUUUUGCGCUCCCGCGGAUCGCGGUGCGAAUUCCCCCUUCCGAAGCGAGAAAAAGCUGAAAGGAGAAACGGGGGGAAAAAACAAAAAAAGACAAAAAGAGAAAAUCUAGACGUCGCCCCUCUCCCAACGCCAAAAGAAAAGCAGGAGAGUCUCGCACCCCGAGAAUAACCCCCAGAGUGGGGCGCCUGCAAACAGGGGCUGCGCUUUCCUUUUCGAAUUUUAUUUUCUUUUUAGUUCUUUAAUUUUUUUAUAUUUUUUUCUUUUUUUUCUUUUUUUUUUUUUUUUGACCCCCGAAGGGGCAAGCGGAAAGCCAGCGCCGCCCGCUCCCGGCAGCCCCCCGCGCCCCGUCCCGCAGCAUCCCCGCCGCGAUGCUGCUGCGGCUCCUGGUGCUGCUGGGCGCCUGCCCGGGGCUGUCGCGGUGCCUGGGCUCCUUCGUGCAGUGCGAGCCCUGCGAUGCCAAGGCGCUGUCGCUCUGCCCGCCGCCGCCGCUGGGCUGCGAGCUGGUGAAGGAGCCGGGCUGCGGCUGCUGCCUCACCUGCGCCCUGCCCGCCGGGCAGCCCUGCGGCGUCUACACCGAGCGCUGCGCCCGCGGGCUGCGCUGCCUCCCGCGCCAGGGCGAGGAGAAGCCGCUGCACGCCCUGCUCCACGGCACCGCCGUCUGCCUCAGCGAGAAGAGCUACCGCGAGCAAGCCAAGGCCGAACGGGAGUCCCGGGAGCAUGAGGAGCCAACCACAUCGGAGAUGACAGAGGAGACCUACCCGCCCAAGGCCUACCGGCCCAAGCAUGGGCGCCUCUCUGAGCUCAAAGCUGAAGCCCUGAAGAAGGACCGCCGGAAGAAGUUGACCCUUGCCAAGUUUGUGGGCAUGGCUGAGAACACAGCUCACCCUCGUGUGGUCAUUCCCGAGCUCCGGCAGGAGUUUGAACUGGGCCCGUGCCGCAGGCACAUGGAGGCGUCCCUGCAGGAGCUGAAGAGUAGCCAGCGGAUGGUCCCCCGUGCUGUCCACCUCCCCAACUGUGACCGCAAGGGCUUCUACAAGAGGAAGCAGUGCAAGCCCUCCCGGGGCCGGAAGCGUGGGUUGUGUUGGUGUGUGGACAAGUAUGGCAUGAAGCUGCCGGGGACUGACUUCCUGAGCGGAGACCUGCAGUGCCACGCGUUCGACAGCAGCAAUGUGGAGUGAAGCCGCAUCCCCUCCCUCCGCCCCAUCACUAUCUACCCAGACUCCCUUCCGCCCUCCCCUCCGCACCUCCCCACGCCCCGGGACUCCGAUUCCUUUCAUCUCAUGUAAGACGAAAAAAGAAAGGAAAAGAAAAAAAGAGAAAGGAAGGAAAAUUAAAAAAAAAAACAGAAAGGAAGAGAAAGAAAGAAAGGAGAGAAGUAAAGAAAGGAAAAGUAAAAAGAGAGAAAAGAAAGAAAAAAGA